AUGGCUCAGCAGGGUGCUGGUGAUACCCCGAGCCUUCAAGCUCAAGACACCCCGAUGACUGAUCAGGGUGUUACCGGCUCGUCGACGUCGACUGUCGUUUCACCCCCGGAGACCUCGCUGACAACGGCUCCCAUUCCCAUGCAGGUCUCCUCCCACGAGGGCCCGUCCACGGGCACAGAUUGCACUGUGGACAUGAUUAUAUCUGCUUCCCAGGCAGAGCGCGAGGCCAAUGCGUUCUUGGAAGCCAUGAGUGUGGUUCUGAGCCCGGGACUGAACGGUGGUUUGGUCCAGGGUCAGGGACAGGCCUCGCGUGCCCAGGAAUUGCAGAAGGCUCCUGAUAACCCCCAACUACCGAAACCGAACUCUGAUCUGGCCCAGAGUCAGACUCCCUUGCCUACGCAGGCUUUGAAAAAGAACUCCCCCCAUCCUCAGCUUCCGAACAAGGGACAGACCCCAGUCCGUGAUACACCUAUGGCUGAUUCGUCCGUUCCGAGCCUGGGUCAAAAGACUGCCCAGGCUUCCAUGCCUCAAAGCAUGGAGCGAAAGAAUACUCCAAAUGGAAGGAACCAGGCUGAAACCUUGCGCAUGACUGCUUUACUCCCCCAGACCUUCCAGACCCAGUUGGUCUUGCGUGGAGCCCCGCCUACACCUGUCCUGCCUCAACCGAGCUCUGGCAUGGGUCCAAUCGUUCCAGCAUCCGGUGCUUGGAAUGGGUUUGGGUCCACUUCAUACGGUGCACCAUCUAGACAAGCCUCAUUUGGCGAGUCAUUUGAAGAGGGUGAAAUACGCCGUCCCCAGCCAAAUUUAGCAUCCGUUCCCCAAUCUGUACCGGAGAUGGACGAUCAGCAUGACGACGACGACGACCAGACCACCCUUGGAUCCCUUGUGUUGGAGAAAUUGUCGGAUCAUGAGGCCCUGUUUUACCUUGGUGCGUUAUGUAUUAUGGCUCGUUUGGCUCCGCAGUUCUUGUUCAAGUACGGCGGGAGAAAUGGCAAGCAGGUCGGCGCCCGCUUGGUCAUGUACGGGCACACCAUCUUGGUAGCCCCUGAUUUAGGCUCGGCAUACAUGGCCAGAGUUGUGGCUUGUCGCCGGGCCUUGAUUGAGAUGCGGAACUACCAUCCCGAUUGGAUGGUUCCUCCGCUGCCAGUCAAUGGGGCCACUCAACCCCAGUGGAAUUGGGUCAAUCUGCUCCAUGAUGCUAACGAGUUUCUAAUCCAAGGGUUCUGCGAAGAGGCUAACUCGCCUUCGCCUAUGUACAACACGGCCAUCUUGGGCAACCAGUGGCACAGUGAGGUCGCCGUCAAAGAUAUUUUCUUUCGCACCUUCAAGGGAUGCGGAAAUAUGAACGAGGCUCAAAACACUGUGUCCCAUCAUGCAUUGUAUCAGCUCUUGGUUAUGGACGAACUUAAUGUGGGCGACAUACUGCCUGCAGACUCUCCUAUGCUGAUCUUGCCAGACACUAAGAAGCCAGUGACACCUCCAAGUGAAGAGGCCAUUCGCAACAGAACUCGGCUUUUGAUGGAUGCAAUCGGGUCUUUGAGACCUUACCCUGGUGAUACCAGCAAUUCUCAUUCCAUGCAGAGUACCCUGGACGCCCUGAAUUCCCGUCAUCGAAAGGACGAGAUCAAACCCCCCGGUGGCGUCUCUAGGCUAUCUGGAGGCAAAAUUUCCAAAAUGCCAGUGAAGCCGGCAAAGCCAGCCCAGCAGAAGGGUGAGAAGAAGCCGGCCAUUCCUUCUGCAAAGUCGAAGAGCCACCCUCCACCUCCCCCACCCCCACCUGCCCCGGGCAAGCCUCGAGGUUCUAGACGGAAGGGACGCAGUUUUCGUCGGUACCAUGGACGCCUUUCUCCACCUCCGCAACCUAAGGCCAAAGGCAAGAAGGAGGAUGUCGAGGCCUCUCGUCCCAGCACUCCGCCAGGCAACGCCAAUCUUGUGCCAUUGGAGAAUUCCAGAUUGGCUCCCGUGGAAAUGGAGAUUGACCCAGUCGUGGAUCCCCUGGCAACAUUGAAGGAGAUGCAGGAAAGACUCCAGAACCUAAGUCCCCAAGCCUCCUUCUUGAGGCUGAUGAAGACAAUGUGCUUCGUCUUGAAGAUCUCGGAGCCAGAGGUCCGUUGCACGAAGGCCCCAGAUGACACUUCUAGCCCGAUGUAUGCCCACUUCAAUGACCCCAACCCCUACCUGACCCGUGCUAGCCCUGUCUUCCUUGCCAAUGGGCGCUGGGUUGAUGAAGACUCUGCGCACUCGCUGGGCGUGAAGAAGAUUAUCCUCUUCUUGCUGAAGAUGUGCAAAGAUGAGGUUGACGUGGAUGUGCUUGAGGCUUGCUGGAAGAAGGAUCUGAAGUUCUUGAGUAACUUGGAACGAGAGAUCGAAGACCGGGUCGACCGGAUCGAGAACUGA